CCCUGUUUCUCUCUCUAAAAUCACAACACCAUCUCUCUCUCUCUCUCGAUCACACCGAGACCUAGCUCCUCUUCCUUCGCUCUCUUCUCCCCCUCGUGAUUUGCGCUCUGACCUUCACUUUCGCUCUCUUUACCUCUCUUGGAGCCCUAACAAAGAAACAGGCGCCCGUGUUCCUAACCCUAACUCACUGAGUUCACUUCGCCUGCCCCGCCUCGAACUCGGAAGGAAGCAGCUUCGCGGGCUCUCACACGCUCGAUUGAGUCUCCCGAGGUUAGAGGCUGCUGUAAAGGAUGAAUACACAACACGCUGUCCAUUCUAGGUCAUCUGCCAAUGGUUUCAGCCGUCGAAGAGGUGAAAGAGAAAUGGGGACCAGGAUGGAGAAUAAGUCACAAUCUGGGAAGUCUAAUUCCAGCAGCAGAAUAACAAAUACUGGCAGCAAAAUUGGUGGCCAAGGGAGUCCGUCGCGCGACCGAUUAGUAUAUAUAAGUACAUGUUUUAUUGGUCAGCACGUGGAUGUCCAAGUGAAAAAUGGAUCCAUAUAUUCUGGAAUAUUUCAUGCCACAAAUGCUGAAAAAGACUUUGGCAUUAUAUUGAAAAUGGCUCGCCUGACAAAAGAUGGAGUCUCCCGAGGACAGAAAUCUGUUGCAGAGUCAGUUAGCAAGGCUCCUUCAAAGACUUUAAUUAUUCCUGCUAAAGAACUUGUGCAAGUUAUAGCAAAGGAUGUAUCCAUCACAAGGGAUGGUUUUUUGGAUGAGGUUCAACAACAGGAAAUUAUGAUAGAUUCCUUUAUAUCACAGUCUCGCCGUGUUGAGGUGGAGAGGGAACUAGAACCAUGGGUCCCUGAUGAAGAUGAUCCGCAACGUCCUGAGUUGGAAAAUAUAUUUGAUAACCAUUGGAAUAGGGGGUGGAAUCAGUUUGAAGCAAAUGAAGCAUUGUUUGGAGUUAAAAGCACAUUUAGUGAGGAACUUUACACAACAAAACUCGAGAAAGGUCCUCAGAUGCGGGAGUUGGAAAAGGAAGCUUCAAGACUAGCGAAAGAAAUUGAGAACGAGGACACUCAUGAUCUUCAUUUAGCUGAAGAAAGAGGUCUUCAACUUGGUGAAAAUUUCGAUAUUGAUGAGGAGACUAGAUUCUCUUCUGUCUAUCGGGGUAAGGUAGUAGAUGACAGCGGUUAUGAAGAGGAGGAGGACAUGAUGUUGGAUUCGAGUAAUAAUGAAACUUUUGGGGACUCCUCUACUAAUGCGAGCAAAACUGCAAUUGACUGGACCAAUGGGAAAAGUAAUGAUGUUACUCGAGUGUCAUCAAGCCCCUGUGCUGUGGAUCAAGCACAAUCUUCUCAGUCAAAUGUUGGUGUCGAUUUAAGUAGGUCUGGUUCUUAUGAUCAUGCCAGGCAGCUGGCUUCAGAAUCACCAUUCAAAGAUUCUUCCACUACAGGCGCUGAAAUCAGGAUCCAGGAGAAUCAACUCAGUGAACAUAGGGUGAUAAAUGAUGCUAAUGAGAGUAAAGAAAAGCAAAACCUAGUUGAGGAGAUUCAAUUAUCAAAAUCAGAUGAUUCAUUGUCUGGGAAGAAUGAUGGCUCUGAUAAAGGACUAUCACCUAAUGCCACUUCGUAUGCUCCAUCUCAUGUUUCAUCAAAUGGUAAUGAGACAAAUGAUGGCUCUGAUAAAGGACUAUCGCCUAAUGCCACUUCUUAUGCUCCAUCUCAUGUUUCAUCAAACGGUAAUGAGAAGACGAAUUCCUCUAGUGAAUUAGUAGAGGGGCCAGUUUCUGGCAAAGCACAUACGCAAGCUACAAAUCCUCAUGGACGACCUGGUAGUUCUGCAUCUUCCAGUUCAGAGCGUGCGGUUCCUGCCUCUGCUUCUAGUGGUCCUGGUUUAUCACCAAGCUCUUCUGUUGGUUCCUUGUCCUCGGAAAAAUUGACACUAAAUCCCCAUGCGAAGGAAUUCAAACUCAAUCCAAAUGCAAAGAGUUUCGUCCCAUCUCAAACGCCUGUUAGGCCUCCUUCCCCAGUAUCUGAUGGUUCCUACUACUUUCCACCUAACAUGUCUGCUGUACCACAAAUUCCUGGCAUGCCUGUUAGUAUUGGAAUUGCACCCUCGUUUGGACACCAGCCUGUUAUGUUCAACCCCCAAGGUGGACCGCUACAAACACCACAGACGUAUUUUCAUCCAAAUGGACCUCAGUAUGGGCAACAGAUGCUUCUCGGUCACCCUAGGCAAGUUUUGUACAUGCCAGGCUACCAACCUGAAAUGCCGUAUAAAGGACGAGAUUAUUGACUUGUUUACCCCCGUGUCAUUCUUGAUUUUGGUUUGGUUGAGAACUGAAGAAUAGUCCCCGAGAGACUUCUUGGAAAACUCACUCGAAGGAAAGUGCCCACCAGACCAUAAUGAUCUCGUAAUUGAUCCUUUGUGUGCUAGAGGAAGUUCACCCGCUUAUCCGGGAUAUAGCUUCAUGGCCCCCUCCCUAUGCUUUAACCAAUACCAUGAAUCAGGAUUUCCCAAUUUUAUGUAGUGCCUUCACAUUGUCUCAAUGUCAGUUUUCUUUUUCUUUUUUUUCUUUUUUUUGGUUAAUUUAUGCAACUUUUUUUUUUUUUUAGACACUUCUUUUUUAAUGUCACUUAUUUGGGUUAAUGAAUACAUUAGUUGUAUA